CGGCGGCCGGCAGUGCCAGGCCGGGCCGGGAGGCCGUGCCAGGCGGGCAGCCAUGUGGGUGUUCGGCUACGGCUCUCUCAUCUGGAAAGUGGACUUCCCCUACGAGGAGAAGAUGGUUGGGCGCAUCCAGGGCUACAGCCGCCGCUUCUGGCAGGGCAGCACCGACCACCGCGGCGUGCCGGGCAAGCCUGGAAGAGUUGUGACUCUUGUUGAAGACACUGAGGGAUGUGUAUGGGGUGUCGCUUACAGACUGCCAGCUGGACAGGAAGGUGAGGUAAAGGCAUACCUGGACUUCAGAGAGAAAGGAGGCUACAGGACUACAACUGUCAGCUUCUAUCCCAAAGACUCCUCAGUGAAACCGUUUGAUGUUCUGCUAUACAUUGGAACUUGUGACAACCCAAACUACCUGGGUCCAGCGCCUCUAGAAGAAAUUGCUGAACAGAUUCUGAACUCAGUUGGUCCCAGUGGAAGAAACACAGAAUACCUGUUUGAACUCGCUAAUUCCAUCAGAAAUCUCGUACCAGAGGAUGCAGAUGAGCACCUCUUCUCCUUAGAGAGACUAGUAAAGGAACUUUUGGAAAAGCAUCAAAACCUAAAUUGUCUAUAAACAGCCUUCUUACUUGUAAUGGCUUUGCCUCAUCUGCAGAGGAAUGGUUUUGUUGCACAAUGGGUGUAUGGCUUGGAGGCACGUUUCUCUGUACUACGCUGUCUAAUUUAUUUUCAUGCUGCAUUCAAAGUCUUAGUUGGUUAUUAAAGCACACUUACAAAAAUCA